AUGGCAGCAGCUGGGCUUCUGCCAGUGGCAAAACCCCAGCCCCUGUCUUUCCAGGCCGCAGUGACCUUCGAGGACGUGGCUGUGCUCCUCUCCCAGGAGGAGUGGGACCGCCUGGGUCCUGCUCAGCGUGGCCUCUACCGAAACGUGAUGAUGGAGACCUACGGGAAUGUGGUUUCUCUGGGUCUCCCGGGAUCCAAACCUGAUGUGAUCUCCCAGCUGGAGCGAGGUGAAGAGCCAUGGGUGCUGGAUGGGCAGGAGGCUGAGGGGAGAGAGCACCUGAGGAAUAACCACUCAGACAACCUCAGCUGUGACCAAGCUAUGGCUUGCAUGUGCCAAGACAGUUUAUCCUCUCCCUGGGAAUGUGAGACCAAGGAAGAAAAACAAAAUAGGGAUUUGAAUCUGAAGCCUUUAAUUUCAGAGGAAAUAACGGUGAUUCUGGGGAAAGCUCCAGCAGGGAGGAUUGAUCAAGAAUACAGUGAAAUUGAGAGAAGCGCCCACCUGCGUUCAAACCUGGUUGGCAAUCAGGAAGUACAGGUCUUCAGGCAGAGCAUACCCCUUACUCAGCAUCCAGUAGUUCCAAACGGAGAGAAACCCUUCAAGUGCAUGGAAUGCGGGAAAUCCUUUGGUCGGAGCUCCCAUCUCCUACAACAUCAGAGAAUCCACACUGGGGAGAAGCCCUAUGUAUGCAGUGUAUGUGGGAAAGCCUUUAGCCAAAGCUCAGUCCUCAGUAAACACAGGAGAAUCCACACAGGUGAGAAACCUUAUGAGUGUAACGAAUGUGGGAAAGCCUUCAGAGUGAGCUCAGAUCUUGCCCAGCAUCAUAAAAUACACACAGGAGAGAAGCCUCAUGAAUGUCUCGAGUGUCGGAAGGCCUUCACUCAGCUCUCACAUCUUAUUCAGCACCAGCGAAUCCACACAGGAGAAAGACCAUAUGUGUGUCCAUUGUGUGGCAAAGCCUUCAACCACAGCACUGUGUUGCGGAGCCAUCAGAGGGUGCACACUGGUGAGAAGCCUCAUGAGUGCAGUGAGUGUGGGAAAACCUUCAGCGUGAAGAGGACACUCAUCCAGCAUCAGAGGAUACACACUGGAGAGAAGCCUUACACGUGCAGUGAGUGUGGGAAGGCUUUCAGCGACCGCUCAGUCCUCAUUCAACAUCACAAUGUGCACACUGGGGAGAAGCCAUAUGAGUGCAGUGAGUGUGGGAAGACUUUUAGCCACCGAUCCACCUUGAUGAACCAUGAGCGGAUCCACACUGAGGAGAAGCCCUAUGAGUGCUACGAGUGUGGGAAGGCCUUUGUUCAGCACUCACACCUGAUUCAGCAUCAAAGGAUUCACACCGGAGAGAAACCCUAUGUGUGCAGUGAGUGCGGACAUGCCUUCAGUGCACGCAGAUCUCUAAUUCAACAUGAGAGAAUCCACACAGGUGAGAAGCCCUUCAAGUGUAUGGAAUGUGGCAAAGCCUUCAGCCUGAAAGCAACUCUAAUUGUGCACCUGAGGACCCACACAGGGGAGAAGCCCUAUGAGUGCAAUAGCUGUGGGAAGGCCUUCAGCCAGUAUUCUGUGCUUAUCCAGCACCAGAGGAUCCACACUGGUGAGAAGCCCUAUGAGUGUGGGGAGUGUGGGCGUGCCUUCAACCAGCAUGGGCAUCUGAUCCAGCACCAGAAAGUACACAAGAAGCUGUAA